ACCUCGGUCCAAAAAUGACUAUUUGUUGGCUGUGGAAUUGAAAUUGAGCGUAUUUGUUCCCGAAUGUCUGCCCUUUCCUGCACCAGAACCUCGGUCUUUAUUAAUUCAUGGCUGGGAGCUGUCCCAAAUCAUUGACAUUUGGCAAGAAAAGUGGGGGUUGGGGGGGCGGGGAGGUAGAAGAGUGUGGUGAACACGAAAGAAGACUCAGCAGGAGGAAAUUCGGAAUGAAUGAGAUGUCGAACGAAUGAAUGAACGGAUGAAAACCGCACAAGAAAGGGACGGCAGAGAGGACAGGGAAGGAGCCCGGGUCACCCGCCAGAGCCUCGCCUAAGCGGAGUUCAGGAAGGACAGCGAGGGACACACGGGCUGCGACCUGCUGGGACGCGUGCGCCUGCAAAACCCGUCCCGCGCGCAGCCUCCCGGCCUCCCAGAGAAGGCUAGAGUCUAAGGAGCCACAGUUUUAAAAGACAGAAAUGUUCACGACUUCUUAUUUUACACACGCACACACUCACACAUGCGCGGUGUGCAGGGUCUUCUCCAGCAGCUCCUGGGAAGAUAACGUGACAAGAGAGCUCCCGCCCCCGGCGAGCCCCAAUUCCCCUUAAAAAAUGUCAGUGCAUUUUAGGGGCUUCUUUCGCCACCGAGUUUUGGGGGUGUAGGCAAGGGGUGAGGAGAGACGUGGACGGGGAGAUUGGACUUUAUUUUAUUUCGUUUCUUCGCUUCAAAGCUGUAUUUCUGACAUGCGUUAUAGAGGAAGACGUGUGGAGUGUAUUCCCACUUUGAACGAGUUCUAUCAGAACAAAGAUUCGUUUAUUCUUAAGAUUUUACCGUAUCUGGUGCAGGCCGUGAGAGCAGCGGGCAAGUGCGAUGCGGUCUUCAAGGGCUUUUCGGACUGUUUGCUCAAGCUGGGCGACAGCAUGGCCAACUACCCGCAGGGCCUGGACGACAAGACGAACAUCAAGACCGUGUGCACAUACUGGGAGGAUUUCCACAGCUGCACGGUCACAGCCCUUACGGAUUGCCAGGAAGGGGCGAAAGAUAUGUGGGAUAAACUGAGAAAAGAAUCCAAAAACCUCAACAUCCAAGGCAGCUUAUUCGAACUCUGCGGCAGCGGUAACGGGGCGGCGGGGUCUCUGCUCCCGGCGCUCCCCGUGCUCCUGGUGUCUCUCUCGGCAGCUUUAGCGACCUGGCUUUCCUUCUGAGCGUGGGGCCAGCUCCCCCCACGCGCCCACUCACACUCACUCCAUGCUCCCGGAAAUCGAGAGGAAGAUCCAUUCGUUCUUUGGGGACGUUGUGAUUCUCUGUGAUGCUGAAAACACUCAUAUAGGAUUGUGGGAAAUCCUGGUUCUCCUUUUUAUUUCGUUUGAUUUCUUGUGUUUUAUUUGCCAAAUGUUACCAAUCAGUGAGCAAGCAAGCACAGCCAAAAUCGGACCUCAGCUUUAGUCCGUCUUCACACACAAAUAAGAAAACGGCAAACCCACCCCAUUUUUAAAUUUUAUUAUUAUUAAAUAUUUUUUUGUUGUUGUUUGGCAAAAGAAUCUCAGGAACGGCCCUGGGCCACCUACUAUAUUAAUCAUGCUAGUAACAUGAAAAAUGAUGGGCUCCUCCUAAUAGGAAGGCGAGGAGAGGAGAAGGCCAGGGGAAUGAAUUCAAGAGAGAUGUCCACGGACGAAGCAUCCGGUGAAUAAUUCACGCUCACGUCGUUCUUCCACAGUAUCUUGUUUUGAUCAUUUCCACUGCACAUUUCUCCUCAAGAAAAGCGAAAGGACGGACUGUUGGCUUUGUGUUUGGAGGACAGGAGGGAGAGAGGGAGGGGCUGAGGAAAUCUCUGGGGUAAGAGUAAAGGCUUCCAGAAGGCACGCUGCUAUGGUCACUGAAGGGUUAGCUUUAUCUGCUGUUGUUGAUGCAUCCGUCCAAGUUCACUGCCUUUAAUUUUCCCUCCUCCCUCUUGUUUUAGCUGUUACACACACAGUAAUACCUGAAUAUCCAACGGUAUAGAUCACAAGGGGGGGACGUUAAAUGUUAAUCUAAAAUAUAGCUAAAAAAAGAUUUUGACAUAAAAGAGCCUUGAUUUUAAAAAAAAAACAGAGAGAGAUGUAAUUUAAAAAGUUUAUUAUAAAUUAAAUUCAGCAAAAAAAAAGAUUUGCUACAAAGUAUAGAGAAGUAUAAAAUAAAAGUUAUUGUUUGAAA